AUGCGGCUGCUGCACUUCCCAAAACUCGGGGGAAACUACCCAUGGCUGAUCAACAAACGGUUUAUGCCCCUAUGCUUACAUGCUGCUGCCGGGCUGGUGACCACUCUCAUCAACGUGCAUAUGCCUCAAGGCGGGGAUUGGUCGGUAAUGGCUAUUGUAACAACCGCUGUAACAGGAGCAACUCUUCUUGUCUGUUCAGCACUUCUUACGGUCUACAAGUUCUACAAAUUAGAGCGGAUUAGAAAGGAAUAUGAGUACAUCCGGCGUUCUCGAGCCGUGAUCACUUCUGAUACAUGA